GCCCGGCGUGCGGCGCUUCGCCUUUAAAACCGGGCGACCCGGCCGCGGGCAGCCGCAGUCGCAGCGAUCCCGGGCGCCACCAGUCAAAGGGGGCAGCCCUUGGCGCGGCGAGCGGUGAGGCAGUGGCCCAUACAAUAGCCUGGGCCGGAGGCCAGCGCUCGAGGCGUAGCGCUCGACGCGUACGACGGACUGGUGAAGCGCUGGGCGCACCGUAAACCAUGGUCCUCGCGACGCGCGGCCGCAAGAGUAGGAUACGGCGCCUCGCCGACUCGCAAGAGCUCGACACGGGAAUACUGCUGGUCAUCAUGUUCAACUGCGUGAUCAUGGCCUUCCCGCCCAAUAAAUUAAAAAAUGCCACCUCACCGACGGACUUUUUUUGUCUCGCGGAUUUUAUACUGAAUUUCAUUUUUUUCUGCGAGUUCGCGAUAAAGUUCUAUGCCUAUGGCUUAGCCUACUUCAAGGACACGUGGAACCAGUUGGAUUUCGUCGUCGUCAUGCAGGGGACACUAAGCAUGACGACGGAGUGCCCCUACGUGUUUGGGAGAUCUUCGGGGAGUGGUCUCGCGGACAUCUCGGCAUUGCGGAUGAUGCGCGUUCUAAGGCCAUUGAAAUCACUGAGAAAGUUCCCGGAGAUGCGGUUGUUGGUAGGAAGUCUGUUCGGGUCCUUCCACCUGCUGCUGGCGAUCGUCGUUCUCAUCGCCAUGGCGGUGUUUUGCUUCGCGGUCGUCGCUACCUUGUACUUUGGGGAUGCGUUGGACUAUCGCUGCGUGCCGGACCCGUACUACGACCCGGGGCGAGGGACAUUUCAUGGUUUUAAACCUUAUACAGAUUUUGCAGCGUGGAACACGUCGCAGUUCCCGGACGCGGAUUUGACGGGAGGCCAGUACUGGGACUCGGCGGAGAACUUUCGGGCCUAUCAAUCGUUGUUAGAGGAGAACGAGAAGGAUCGGUACGCCCGCAACCGGUUUUUAGUGUCUUCCUACUGGCGGUCGUUGCAAGGCGUCUAUCGCGACUAUAGGAAGGACCUCGUGCCGCACUACACGGAGUUCCCCUACUUCGCGUCGUUCUGCGGCGAGUGCGACACGUGCCACAAGUGCCAGGGCUGCUACAGCGACGACCCGGCCGACGGGUGCGACAAGACGAUCUCGGGGGAUUUUUUUAGGAGGUACGGCGACCCUUCAUUAUUAAAGAAGACGUUCCUCAACGCGUCGAUGGACGACCCCUGGCCCAUGCCUGGUGUGUCUAUCCCGUACACGCACCCGCGGACGCCUUCUCCGACGGUCGCGCCGUCCGCGGAAACGGUCUCGCCGACGGCCCGCGGCCAACCGGCACCGACGCCGCUACCAUCAGCAUCGACGGUGCCGUCGGCCAUGCCGUCGACGUCCAUGCCGUCGGCCUACCGCUUCGUGCCGAACCGCGCCGAUCCCUCCGUGACGCGCAUCACGGAGGUGUGCGUCGAUCUCAAAUUGUCGACGUCCGAAUCCAUCGGCCCCGACGGCAUGCUCGUGCGACCGAAGGUCUCGCUCGGCGGCUUCUUCACGGAGAUUAUUGGUUCCAAACUAAACCUCGGGUAUAAGAACAUCGAUGAUAUGAAGCAUGAGAAGGCCAUGCCGCCGGAAAAUACGGCAAUUAAGCUAAAGCGAGACGUGGCGAACUGCGAGGUCGACCUGAAGACCGCGAAUGCGGUCUUCGAGCCCUACUGGCUCAUCAGGAAUGCGGAGCAGCGCAAUGCGAACUGUUCGGCAGCCUUCCAGGGUGGCGAGUACCCCGACUCCUUCUACGAGUUAUGUAGUGGUACGUAUAAGAAGGGCUGGGACGACUUCUACCAGAGGGACGAAGUCAUCCUGAAUCGCAUAACAGACCACAAAUGUAAAAUGAGGGGUGGUCUGUCCUCGAAGACCGGGAGUCAUCGCCACGGCUUCAUGGGCGACAAGUACCCGCGCCACAAGCAAUUGGUGUGGUACAUGCGGUUCGACGGCACGAUCUGGAGUCUGCUCCCGUGUGGAAAUCAACCAGUGGGCUCAAACUCGGCCACGACCUCCGAGAGACCCCGGAUUUGACCUUUGACGUCCCCGCAGGUUUAUUAACAAUUUUUGAUGUGAUGAACAUGGAGAACUGGAACGACGCCAUGUGGGCCAUGCAGGCCGCCGUCGGGAAGUACACGUGGCCCUUCUUCUACGCUGUUGUUGGUUUUGUCAAUAUAUGUCUGCUGAACUUGUUUCCCGCGGUCAUGUCGUUCAAUUUGCGCAAGGCUAUCCGGGAGGAAGAAAAUAGGAUCGCGUAUGAUGCGAAAGCGGCCUUCUUGGGCGACGAGGUCCUGUCCAUGACGCAAUUUGAAGAACAUAUGAUAGAUAUACUGGCGGCGGAAGAGGAGGACGUGGUGGCCGUGCGGAACUACGUGGAAGGGCAUGGGAGUGCUACGCUCAAUCUGGUGCAAGCGGAGGAGACGGAUCCUCUCGAGAAACUACCGGGCGUGCCGCAAGGCGCGUGUGCGGAAGCACUGAGGGCUAUCGUGAGACCGGAGAUGGGCCGCUUCUCCAUGUUUAUAUAUGGGUGCAUCCUGGGCAACUUGUUCACGAUGGCCAUCAACCCGCUGCACGCCGAGAGCACCAGUGGUAAAUGGUUAAGACCGAAGCACAUCUCGCAGACGAUCUCUAUCCUAAACAUGUUCUUCACGUGGGUCUUCAUCCUGGAGGCGUUGAUUAAGUUAGCUUGUUUGGGGGUUGCUGGUUACUUCUACGAUGGAUACAAUUGUUUCGACUUUAUCCUCGUGUUAUUUUCUUGUUUGGACGUCAUGGCGGAGAUCGCGCUCGGCACCGCCGGGAAAUCGGGGAAUGUCAUGUUUUCGGGAGGUUUUUUCAACAUGUUACGGGUGGUGAGGAUGUGUCGCUUGCUGAGGGUGUUGCGGUUGAUAUCCAUCAGUAAGAUCCAUCGCAAGAAGUCGAUGGCAGCUUCCCAAUUGGAUUUUACGCGCUUGAUGGGCAUCAUGGCGUCGGCGUCGAUCUGGGUCGCUAACGUGUUGGGAUUGCUGUUCUUGGUGGUCUACAUGGGCGCCAUCGUCUCGAUGCAGUUUUUUGGGGGCGAGGUCUACGCCCUGAAUGAUUUUAGUGGGAGGUGGUCCAAAAGAGGUAGAUUGAACUUCGACACGUUCGGCAUGUCCUUCAUCACGAAUUUCGUGGUCAUAACGGGCGACGGCUGGAACGAGGUCAUGUAUUCCACGAUGCACGCGUGUGGCGGGAUUUCGGCCGUGUACUUCGUACUCAUACUGGUGAUAGCGAGGUACGCCAUCUUAUCCAUGCUCAUCGCGAUCAUCUUCGACCAAGUCGAACGCGAUUCGAUAUUGGUCAUAAAGCAGGCGGCCCAGACGGCCAUGGUCGCGGUGUUUAAAUUCGAGCGGGGUAUGUUACAUGGGCUGUUACGGUUCUUUUUCGUGAAGUGGUUCGCCGCGUCGAGGAGCGCCUUUGAUGACGCCAUCGAAGAAGACAAGAAGGGCGGGAUCAGUCUAGCGGCCCAGCCGGAGCCACCUUUAACAAGGUGGCAGCGGUUCAUGCUCAUCGACAAGACGUGGGGCCUCUUCCCGCCCGACAAGCAGCCGCGGCGCUUCAUCAAGUGGCUGGCGGCCUCGGAAAUUUUCGAAAAAAUAAUGUUCGUGACGAUCAUGGUGUCGGUGUUUGUAUUAGCGUUGUACUACCAGUACCGGAACACGCACUUGCACGCGACGGACCAGAGGAGGGGGGAAAUGUCCGAGAUCACGAGGUGCGACCCCGCGUUCCCGGCGGACCUGUGCGGGCCCCACCUUGAAUCAUUAUGGUUCAUCCAGCGCGUCUGCAUGUUCAUUUUCGUGGCCGAGUUUUUUAUUUUGACCAUCGCGAACGGUUUAUUUGCAUAUUUAUCAAGUUUCAUGAACUGUUUGGACUUCUUCGUGACUUCGUUAUCGGUGAUCGCGGCGUGCGGUGUUUCGGGAGUGUUACCUUUUAUGAUCCUGCGGAUGACGCGAAUAAUAAGACCCCUGAAGAAGUUCGUCCAGUCAAGUCCGGCGAUCAUGUCCAUUUUAACUGCAUUGGAGAACUCAUCGAGAGGAUUGUUUGCGGUCAUAACGUUCGGCUUCUUCGUGUGGACGACCAUAGCGGUCGUAGGGAUGCAGUUGUACCAAGGUAAGUUAAACUACUGCACGGCGGCGACCUACCCCAAGGGCAUGUUGCUAAAGGCCUUCGCACCGGACAAAAUAAACCACUUCGGCCAUUCUUUGGAAAAUUGGCCCUACAAGCAGUUCAAGUAUGGUACUUUUGAUGGGCCGAACGGGACUUAUAGUGAUGGCCUACCGUACCACGGCUGGCCUAGUGGAAGAACGAUCUGGGGCCCGAACGCUACCAAUAGUAUGGGCUGCAAGGUCAAGUAUCCCAUAAAACAUCCGCAGUACAACCGGUUGGGGGAAGUUGUCGAGUCGGUAGAGUCCUUUAAGAUCGAAAAGGCCUUUUAUAAUUUCGACAACUUCUGGCAGGCGAUUGGGAGUGCGUUUGCCAUGUUCACCUUCGACGACUGGCACAAGCUGGUGCUGCAGUGCGUCAACGCGAAGACCGUCGGGCCGUUCCGCAACCACGAGGCCCAGGCUUCGGUCACGAUGCCGCUGUUCUUCUUCGUCUUUGCGGGGUGUAGCUCGUUCCUGAUCACGUUUUUAUUUGUGGGGGUGAUCUAUGGUACGUUCACGUACUUGCAACUGACGCGGGGCCGACGAAAAAUAGCCUCCCUGAAACAGGCCCAGUGGUCCGUCUACGAGUCGAAGCUCGCCUGCAUCCAAGCCUCCAAGGAACCCCAGGAACCGCGCGUGUCCUUCACCUUCACGAAGAUAUUUUUUAAAAUAUUCAGACAUCCUCGGUAUCGCGUAGCAUAUGCAUUAUGCUUGUUCGUCGACGUCUGGAUGUUCUGGAUCUUAUUUGGCUCGCAAGUACCGCUCGCGACGCACGACCAGAUGCAUACGAAACUGAAUGAGAAGGGCAAGGACAUGCAGGAGUAUCUUGGUAGACUAAGGGCCCUCGAUUUGGUCAUCUCGUUCUUCCUCAUCGUGGAGUGGGUCAUCAAGGCACUAUGUUACGGCUGGUUCGCCACACUUACCAGGGUUGAGGAACGUAUUAGGCUGGUCCUGUUGAUCCCCGUAGCGUUAUAUUUCUUCCUCGAAGCCAGCAGAGGCUGGGAGAAGCUUCCGUUGUUCGACAUGGCGUCGGUCCAGAGAGGUUUAGUUGCACUAAGGUCCACCCAGGUCUUCCUCGUGGUACCAUUAUUCCCAGAAUUAGCUCAAGUCUACCACGCGUUGACUUGCGCAUUGGGUACGGUGUUUCCCAUGGUCGGCUUGAUGUCCAUCGUGACCUUCGCCUUUGCCGUUAUAGGGAUGGUCUUGUUUGGGAAUGAAGUCGUACGGAAACGAGACCGAGAUUAUGGGUACACGGAUACAAGACAAGGUAUGCCGAUGCCUAGGGUUUAUGGAAGUUACUGGUCCGCUACUAGAGUGAAAUUCUCUACUAUUACCAAAUCAAUGAACACUCUCUUCAUAGCAGCAACCUCAAAUAACUGGGUCGCGACGCGCGACGCGAUGCGGGCCGACCUCGACCCGUCGCUCUGGUUCGCCAAUAGGCUGUUCUGGAUGGCCUACAUAUUGUUAGUUAGAUUUUUGUUCCUGAACGUCUGUACCCUGAUCUACAUCUACAAGUACGAAUCGACGUCGCCGGACCAGCCCUGGAUCGCCAUGGACCAGGUCGAGGAGUUCUUGGUGGCGUGGCAGCACUUCGACCAGUACGGCGUUGGAAGGAUUAGAACGAAACUACUAUCGAGGCUGUUGCGGUUGUUAUCACCACCUCUCGGUCUCUCGAGAGAUGCGCCCCAAGCGUUGGCGGAUCGCCACGCUCGUCGUAUUUUAAUGGCCAUCCCGUUACUACUGGAUGACGAGGUUAAAACAGGUGAGCCCGAUUUAGUAAAAAGAUGGGAAGAAGUUAGGAAGCCCUUUACCGCUUCCGGUAAAGCGGAUGACCACGGGCGGCUGCCGCGGUACCUCGAAUUCCAUGACGUGUUGAAGACUGUACAUCGCGUGGUCAUGUUCCCGGAGUUGCAGGCCUUGCCCGACGACGAAGGGUUGAUGCUUCGUAGGGAGUAUGCGCAAGCAAAACUAGAUAUCUUGCGGCUGGCCGUGAAUCGGUUCUGCGAGCCGGCGGCGCGGGCGAUCGACGCGCACGGCGACCGGGUACCGGCUUGUGUUGCUGACAUGAGUCUUGUACAGAGAGCGAGACCGGACGUCUUUCGCUAUCGGCUGAGACAGGCUUUGACCUUGGAAGUCUACCGAUGGCAGAAACAGAUAGAAUUCGGCAGAUUUGACGAGGAGUCGUUCCAUGAGUGUGCGUUGUUACUAAAGGCUAUUAAGGAGGAACGACUCAGUGCGAUGAUGCAGCUGGAGGUGCUGAAUCGGUUGGCGGGCAAGGGCAUGCUCAUGUCGCUGCAGGAGCGGCGGCCGAAGCUCCAUAGGCACCUCGGCUUCUUAGAUGGACUACUAUCGAGGGUAGAAAACGAACGUAGCAACCACGUCAGGAAGGCCUGGCUGCCGUCGUCCAUGGCCCACUCCGGCACGUUACCUUGUGCACCGAAAUCUGCCACAAUACCUAAAGAGCGCAUGGUCUCAUCAAUAGCUGUUGGGGGUCGACAAGGAGACUUGAUCGUGACGUGCCACGGCGGCAAGGAUGUUACGGUCUGGAAGAAGCGCAAACCCAAACGUAGAUCGGAAGACGACUGGUUGAAGAGUGAAGCUCAGAGGGCCAAGGAACGCGAGCAGGAAGAGAACCGGGACCCCUGGGCCUACGCCCCCUACUUCAAGACCCAGCAGCUCGAGGAGGAUCUGGGCACGGCGGUCUGCGUCGCCAUGACGGCUGAUGGGAAGCGGUUCUUCUCGAGCGCGGGUCCCGCGAUCCGCGGCUGGGUCCAAGCGAAGAAGGUGAGGGGCGGCCCCAAGGGCCCGCAGUUCCGCUGCGAGUCGAUCAUGCAGGGCCACACGAAGGACGUGACCUGUCUGAAGAUUGCCCAUCGCCAGUUGUUUAGCACGGCCGAGGACGGCGCCAUCCGCAUCUGGCGUUUAAGGGGUACGGAUGCGUUACAAAGCGCUACACUAUCGAUGACGGCGCCGUGCACGUCGCUGUGUUUACUGGAUACGGCGACGGAACCUCGGGACAUGUCCGGUUUGCACGCGGUCGCUGGUCUACGCGACUCGUCGAUUUGUGUGUUGCCCUACUCCCUGAAGUCGCAGUGGCUCCAGGGUGCCGUCUGGAACGCAAAACUCACCGUGAAAUGCUCCGACGCGCCCGUGACGGUCUUGGACUUCCGGCAUAGGUUGCUGUACGCGGGCACCGCCUUAGGUAAGAUCCACGCGUUCCGACCGGUGAGUGGCGCCGAGGACAUGGGCACUUUACAAAAAGUCGCGAACGAGAUGGAGCGGUUAGGCUACGGGAGAUCAGCGGAGGAGUUCGCCAAGACGGGGUUGUCCGAUGGGAGAUCCGCCGGCUCGCCACUACGGGAAGUCGUUCGAUUAGACCGGGCCUUCGUGCUAGAUUGCCACGCGGCGGCCGUAACGUCGCUGUGUCUGGCGGGCGGCGUCUUUUUUAGUGCCGGCGCGGACAUGGCCGUCGUGUCGUGGGCAAAACCCAAGGAUGAUAGAACCGCGCAGUUCCGGGCGAUCCCCCAGGCGGGCCAGGCCGCCCCCAAACGACUUAGUCAAGCGUAUUCCCAUGCGAAAGUGGUCCAUAAAGCUCCUAUUACCGCGAUGGAUGUUGCUGGGGAUCUCUUGUUGACGGCGGACGCGGAUGGGAAUGUCUGCUGCACCGUGGCCAAGAGAUUUCGGGAAAUUGUGGAUACGAAAGCUACCGAGGCGCAGGAUGAAUCAUUUCUGGAAGAGGAAGUGCUCGAGAAGCCCAAGUUUUUUCAUCAGAGGGAGCUGAAGGAGCUGUCGGCGAGGCACUUUUUAGCUCAUCUGCUGGCCCAUUACUACCCCAUGCGGCCCUUGAGUCAUGCGGCCAAGGGCCACGCUCCUGAAGAGGAUAUACCACAGGAGGAGGAGGAGUCUUCCGAUGAAGAAUAUCUCGACGAUGCAUUUGUCGCGGGCGGGUUCACUCAUGAAGAUGAAGAUGGGGAUACCGGGAGGGUGCCGUCCGGCGACGAGCUCGAGUCGGACGAGGAGAGUCUCGAGUCUAUGAGUUCGGAAGGGUCGGAGAACAGCGGAGAGGACGGCUUCGUUCCCCUGCCGUCCGAGUCGGAGGAGGAGUCGGAGUCGGAGCUGAGUUCUGUCUCGGGGUCGGACUCCGAGGAGGAUUCGGAGGCGGAGCGGGUUUAUGAGGCGUAAGCUUUUGGUUUUUGUAA